AUGGAAACGGCACCUUCGUCAUUCUUGUUCAUCACCUUGGCAACUGCAAGCUCGAAAUCUUCCUGUGUAACAUGUAUUCUUCUUUCUCUCAAAGCGUACAUUCCGGCUUCGGUACAGACACCUUUAAUCUCGGCACCCGAGCAGCCGUUCAUCUUCUCGGCAAUCUUCAUCAGAUCAAUACCUCUGGUGAGGUUCAUGGAUCUGGAGUGGAUCUUCAAAAUGUCUGUUCUAGCAUUCAGUGUUGGAGGAGGGAACUCGAUCUUUCUAUCUAUUCUUCCUGGUCUCAAAAGAGCUGGGUCCAGAAUGUCCAACCGGUUGGUUGCCAUGAUGAUCUUGAUAUCCUUGGUCGACUCGAAACCGUCCAAUUGGUUCAACAGCUCCAACAUUGUUCUUUGCACCUCAGAGUCUCCUCCGCCCGAGGAGCUCUCCACUCUGGAAGAUCCGAUGGAAUCGAUCUCGUCCAUGAAAAUGAUCGAUGGCGCGUGUUCUCUUGCCAUAACGAACAGUUCUCUCACCAUUCUGGAACCCUCACCGAUGUAUUUCUGA